AAAUGGAAAUCUAAAUAAACACAUUUCAAUUAGUCAUGGUAUGAACAAUGAAGAAUGUCGACAACUUCUAUCUGUCUUGUCUGAUAUUCAUAAUGAAGAUGAAAAAUUUUUAAAGAAUGUAUCAGACAAAUUAGAUCGUCAACCGUUGUUUCUGGCAAAUUCUGCUUCCUACGUAGGUAGAGUAAAAAGUGUAAAUCCGACAUUCACGUGGGAGAAAUAUUUUGAUAAGUUGAAUGAAGGAGAGCGACAGAACAUGGAUGGCUAUUUUCAAAAAAUAAACUCAUCUUACUUAGGAAUGAAAACUGUUAUGUUAGCAGUACAAAAAAAUGCCGAAGAAUCCAUCUUAUUGGAACAUGUUUUUAAACUUUUCUCAAUAAUAUCUUUCGAUCCCUUACCACAAGAUGUUAUAAUACAAUUCAUUAAAAGCAUCGAUCCCCAAAAAUCUGCAGAAGAUAUCUGUCUUCAAUUAAAGCAUUGUUCUUUAUUCUUUCAAACGGAAAACAACGACAUCCGCGUGCACAGCGUUGUACACGAAGCCAUCGUAAAUUAUUCGUCGCAGACCUUUGGCUGCAAACAAAGCGAAAACAAUUCUAAAAAGUCUGCAGCUGAUCUUGCCUGUCAAGUUGCUUGGGCACUAAAUCGUUUUGAAGACAGAGAAGAUGAAAUCAAAAUAAUUCCACAUCUAAUUAAAUUCAUAACAAAUUCAUCAUUUCAACAUUUCCUAAAUAAGUUGAUCGAUGUAAAAUCAUCAAAACAAAAACUUGAUGAAAGAAAUUGGAAAAUUGCAAAAUAUUUUGUGGAUGUUUUAGUAAGAUUUUGCAACUAUAAACUUGCAACUAAAGUGCUUUAUGAAAUAACAGAAAUUCAAACUAAAAUGUUAGGUGUUGAUCAUAUUGAUGUUUCAUAUUCGUACAACGAGCUGGGUGGGUUGCUUUGGAAGAAUGGAGAAUAUGAAAAUGCUAAAGCUUUUCUCGAGCGAGCGAUGAAAAUUCAAGCAAAAACAUUUGGAACUGACCAUGUUAAUAUUGCGGCAACGUACAACAAUCUGGGUUCAGUUUACAAUGAUAUGGGAGAGUACGAAAAAGCAAAAGAUUUUUAUGAACGAGCGAUAGAAAUUGAAACAAAAGCAUUUGGACCUGACCAUGUUAAUAUUGCGACAACUACAAUAAUCUGGGUUUAGUUUACAGAGAUAUGGGAGAGCACGAAAAAGCAAAAGACUUUUACGAACGAGCGAUAGAAAUUGAAACGAAAACAUUUGGACCUGACCAUGUUAAUAUUGCGACAAUGUACAACAGUCUGGGUUCGGUUUACAGAGAUAUGGGAGAGUACAAAAAAGCAAAAGAUUUUUAUGAACGAGAGAUAGAAAUUGAAACGAAAGCAUUUGGACCUGACCAUGUUAAUAUUGCGGCAAUGUACAACAAUCUGGGUUAGGUUUACGAUGAUAUGGGAGAGUACGAAAAGGCAAGAUUUUUAUGAGCGA